AUGCCGCGUGCAGGCACCCUCAUCGGCCGGGCGGCUGGGAAGUGGCGCCAGGGCGGCGCGGUGCGCGUGCGCGCGGCCCUCUGGGAGGAGGCCCUCGGAGCAGAGCGCAGCCGCUCGGAGCUUCUGCUGGGCAAGUUCCAGGACCUCCGAGGCCUGGGAGCCGCUGACGAUGCACAAGACCGGCGAGACUCUCUGAGACAGGAGCUGUCCGACUUCCUUGGGGGGGAGGUAGCCAACACGCAAGCAUCCUUUGAGAAGCUCAAGGCGUACAACGACGAGCUGGACGAGGCUCUGCAAACAUUGCAGAACCCGCGCCGCAAGACAAGUGUGCCCUCUUUUGUCCCCGGUUCGGGUCGCCUUGCUGGCGAUCCAGUAACCAUCGACAUCCUGCCGCCUGUGCGCGAGACUGAUGGUCCGGCUUUGGUGCCGGGCGCGGCGCACGUGCGUGUUUCCCUGCCUCUGAAGGACAACUCAGAACUGAUGUGGGGCUCAGAUCUUACGCCGCUGUACGACGAUCGAGGAGGACGGCUAAUGUGCUUCACGGCCUUCCUGCCUUUGGGGCUCCGCCUGGUAGAGGUCCAGCGUCCUAGUGACGUGCCACCGGCUGAAGCUGACCUGGUAGUGGUGCUGUCAGUGGACCCCAAGAGCGAAGCCGACAGCCUGGGCAUCCAGGUGGGCGACAUCGUCCGCGCCGUGUCCUUUGUGGGCGCCGGGCCGGAGCCCGGCUGGUUGGACAAGAUGCUUGGGGCUGAGACGAUGCCCAUGCAGCAGGUGAUGAAAUGCGACGGACGCUCUGCUGAAGAGGUUACAGCCGCCCUGGAGUCCAACCGGGAAAACCCCGACGGGCGGCUCGUUCUCCUUCUCGAGCGGCCUCUGUGA